AAUUUAUGUGUAAUCUUUAUUGGGCCAUUUAAUAGCAGCCUCUGUUGUGCAGGGAAUUUCCUCACAUAUCAAGAUCACAAUCCAUCAACAAUAUGGUCGGUGGAUAUCAACAAUAUUGAGAGGGAGAGAGAGAGAGAGAGAGAGAGCUGGGAUAUAUGGCAGGAAGGCAUUAUAGACUUAUGGUUCUCAUUGAGUUUCAUAAGCAGCCAAAGUUCGGCGUUUCCUAAGAGCAGAAAGUUGAAAUUCAGCUUUUGUAGAAGGCUCUCUCUCUCUCUCUCCCCCAUCAACUCCUCUAGAGAAGCCUCUAUUGGUUCGGGUGGCAUCCACGAUACAAAGAGGCUUUCUUCCCCAGCUUUCCUACUUGGCUGCAACUUCCAACUUUCACUCACAUCUUUCCACCCAAUGAAUUUUUCACUCGAAUCUUGUCCUUUGAAACCCCUGAAUGUAUGUGUCUCACACCCCCACAUUUACUGAUAAUGAAGCUUCCACCAUUGCCACCAACACCACUUCCAUUUCCUUUAAAACUGUCUCUCUGUCUCUGUGUCUGUCUCUGGGGAGCUCGUAUAUCUGCAUCUGCAUUACAGAGAACCUCAUGUCUGCCACUCCGAUACCCGUCUCAUCUAUCUUCCAAUCCAACACCUAUCCCAUUUGUAUUUCAUACCUUUUCUGUUCAAACAAAACCAAGAGUUCUCUUUUUCACCUUUUUCCCUUUCCAUCUAUCUCUAUCCUUAAUGAUGCACUAGUUGCAUAAUCCUUUUUAACACGUCAAAGCAUAUGAUAAAGGGCGCCAUUUGUAUCAAGAGAAAGCUAGAAAAGGUGAAGAGCCUUCACCUGCAUCAUCAACCACCGGCUCUGCUAUUUAUAAGCUCUUUUCCGACUGGCUCAACUCCAUGAAAGUUUUAACAGACUCUACUGUGGUCUUUCAAGCAAUUCAGACCCACAUAAUGUCGUUUUCCUAUGCAAGAAACUGCCUGCAGCGCUUCUGCGUGGACGAGUUCCAUAGGAAUACAAGUAGCCCUGGUGGCUUCUUCUCUAGUGAUCUCCUCCUGCCAUCCCUCGGGGCUAGAAUCAACCAAGCAACCAAACUUAGAAGAUACAUAAUCUCCCCAUUCAGUCCUCGUUAUAGGGCCUGGGAAAUGUUCUUGGUUGUUCUGGUCAUUUACUCAGCCUGGAUCUGCCCCUUUGAGUUUGCAUUUCUGACCUACAAGCAAGACGUGCUUUUCAUAUUUGACAACAUUGUCAAUGGCUUCUUUGCCAUUGACAUCAUUCUUACCUUCUUUGUGGCAUAUCUUGAUAGCCAAUCUUAUCUUCUCAUUGAUGAUCCGAAGAGAAUUGCAGUCAGGUACAUAUCAACCUGGUUUAUUUUUGACAUCUGCUCAACAGCGCCAUUUCAGCCUCUCGGCGUUCUGUUCAAAGAGCACAAUGAUGGGCUUGGCUUUAAAAUACUCAAUAUGCUCAGACUUUGGCGUCUCAGGAGAGUCAGCUCCCUAUUUGCAAGACUGGAGAAGGACAUUCGCUUCAACUAUUUCUGGACACGGUGCACAAAACUCAUCUCUGUUACGUUGUUUGCAGUACACUGUGCUGGAUGCUUUAACUACUGGAUUGCAGAUAGAUAUCCAGAUCCAAAGAAGACAUGGAUUGGUGCAGUCAACCCAAAUUUCAAAGAGGAAAGCCUUUGGGACAGAUAUGUAACUGCAAUUUACUGGUCUAUCACAACACUAACCACUACUGGUUACGGGGAUUUGCAUGCUGAGAAUCCAAGGGAGAUGCUGUUUGAUAUCUUUUACAUGCUAUUCAACUUGGGGUUAACAUCUUACCUCAUUGGCAACAUGACGAAUCUCGUAGUUCACUGGACCAGCCGCACAAGAAACUUCAGAGAUGCCAUCAGAGCUGCUUCAGAAUUUGCAACACGAAACCAGUUGCCUGCUCGCAUACAGGACCAGAUUUUGUCUCACAUAUGCCUCAAGUUCAAAACAGAAGGAUUGAAACAGCAUGAGAACUUGAAGGGUCUGCCAAAAGCCAUUCGUUCAAGUAUUUCUCAUUUCCUGUUCUUCCCCAUCAUUCAAAAAGUCUCUCUUUUCCAUGGCGUCUCUCAUGAUUUCCUUUUCCAAUUGGCUCCUGAAAUGGAAGCAGAGUAUUACCCACCAAAGGAAGACGUUAUUCUACAGAAUGAAGCUCCAACAGAUCUUUACAUACUGGUCUCAGGAGCAGUGGAUUUGAUUGCACACAUUGAUGAGCAUGAUCAAGUUAUUGGAAAGGUCAUGGCAGGGGAUAUGUUUGGAGAAAUAGGGGUUCUCUGUUAUAGGACACAGCCAUUUACAGUUCGAACAACUGAGAUUUCUCAAAUACUACGGCUAAACAAGACAGCCUUGAUGAACAUUAUUCAAGCAAAUGCAGAAGAUGGUGAAAUUAUUAUGAACAAUCUUUUCAAGAAACUGAAAGGGAAUCAAGGAUUUGGCUUUGUGAAUCAACAUACAACUCCAGAUUUGAACCAGGGUCAGUGGCUUGACAGAGGAGCAGAAAGAGAAAGCUAUCCUCACACAGUAGGUCAACAGCCUCCUAAUGGAGAUCCACUGAUACAAGAUAUGAAGGCUAUGGGCUUCCUUACUUCAGGUGACACAAGGAAGAAUGAAACAGGAGAAAUGCACAAUUUUACUGGACAAGAUGUAAAAAAUUCAUCAGUUGAUGGUGGCCAAACAGCUCUUCAUGUUGCUGUUCGUAAGGGGCAUCUUGAUAUGGUAAGAAUGCUACUGGAAGGGGGAGCAAAUGUAAACAAACCAGAUUCCAGAGGGUGGACCCCAAAAGCUCUAGCUGAACAGCAAGGAAACAAAAACAUAUAUGACCCUUUACGUAGUUAUGAAAAUAGAUGGACGUUAGAUGAACAUAAAAUAGAACUUUUCAGGCCAGAAACAGGUUGCUACACCAGGAAUGGUCAGUUCAAACCAACAAGAAUCUGCAGCCCCAGUUGUUCUAACUCUCAGUCAGGGAAAGAACCAACAACCUUCAACUCGGGCUAUUCUUGUAGACCAACCACCAGAGAUGUUGACAAAUUGACUAAGAGAGUCACCAUUCACAUGAAGUUCCACAAGAAGAAUAAAUCACAAAAGCAGCUAGUGAAGCUAAUUAUCCUACCUGAUUCCCUAGAAGAGCUAUUCAAGAUUGCUGGUGAAAAACUUGGAGGCUACAAUCUUACAAAAGUCGUAAAUGCAGACAAUGCAGAAAUAGAUGACUUAAGUGUUGUCCGAGAUGGGGACCAUCUGUUUCUUCUUUAAAAUGAAUGUGAAAGUGCAGAAUGCACUGGAAAUAAUGAAUAUUAGAAAGCAAUAUUGUACA